CAAGAAUCGAUGUAUAUUUGUUCCAGCCCAGCUCAGCUCCUCCUAUCUCCUAGUAAACAUAAUAUAAACCGAAAUAAAAUACAAAUAAAGAUGAGCGGAGCUCACAGGGAGGCGAUCCAGAAGCAAAUCCACCAGGACUGGGCGAACAGGGAAUAUAUCGAAGUGAUAACUGCCAGCAUAAAGCGCAUUACCGACUUUCUCAACUCUUUCGAUAUGUCCUGUCGCUCCCGUCUGGCGGUUCUCAAUGAAAAACUAACGAUCCUUGAGCGACGCAUAGACUACUUGGAGGCGUGUGUCGCCCAGGGAGAGACAUUAACGUAAACGCUGCCCCCAUUCUUACACUAAGCUUUGUACAUUUAUAAGAUAAUUAAAAAAUACUGAUAAUAUUUAA